CAGAAGACACCCAAACUCUCCAGCCUUCCGACCCUCCACUCAGCAAACGCAGACAUCCCACUUCUCUCCACUCGCAAAAGAAGACUGCUGCACUUUUUGUGUCGCCACCAUGGUCAGCACUCGAGCUCUCCUCCUGGCGGCCACCUGCUGCUGCGCCUCCCUCUGGCUCGUCCACGCAGAAGAGUCCUCACUGGAGACGCGCUCGUUGGAUUUCCCCCUGAAAACCCAACAGGAGAAAGAGCUGAUUGACGCGUUGCAAGAGGUUUUGGAGAAACUGAGGAGCAAAGAGAUGCCCUUGGAGAAAAAGCUUGGCUGGCUGCCUUCGUGUGACGCCGGAGAGCCGUGCGCCGUGCGUAAAGGUGCGCGCAUUGGCACGCUGUGCAGCUGUCCCCGGGGUACUUCCUGUAACUUUUAUGUUCUCAAAUGUUUGUAAAGGGAAAUAUAUGGGUAGAGUUUAGGAGUUUUGCUUGACCAAAUCUGCUGUUGUACUGUUGGUGAUUAAAAUUAAUCAUAUAUAAUUAAUAAAAGAUCUUUUGAUUUUAUACAUUUAAAAUGUUAUAAUAUGUUUUGAAUAUUCUGCAUAUACUGUAUUUAACUGUCUCUUCCAUCUUGGAAAUUAUUUGUGCGGGAUUCUCACAUCUUGUGAAAUAUUUUGAAUGUAGUUUAUUGUUCCUGUUAGGGUGGGAGAAAUGAGAGCUACCCAAGCAACGGUUUCUAACCACAUUUGUAAGAUAAGCAGGUCAAUAAAUUAAAUUAAAUCCA